AGGGCAAACUUAAUAGAAUCCCUCUUAUCACAAUCCACUAAAAACUAUCCAGCAAUUCAGCAAAGAGAAGCAAUUGGAGAGAUUUCUUUGCGAUUGAAGAUGAGGAAAAUUUCUGUGCCUCACUCUCGCAGUGGUAUUAUUCCCUUUUUCUCUACUUUCCAUUUUGGUUCUGCAAUUUCAAUAACAGAUUAUUCUUCUUCUUGUCAAAGUAAUACUUCCAAACUUGGGUUAAACAUCAAUUUUGAGAAGGUCAAGUGUUUAGAUGAUGCUGUCACUCUCUUCCAUCAAAUGGUCAGAAUGCAGCCUCUUCCUUCUGUUGUAUGCUUCUCUAAAUUAUUUAAAACUAUCCUAAAUAUGAAGCAUUAUUCUUCUGUUGUUUUGCUUUUUCGAGAAAUGCAGAAAUUGGGUAUCCCAAUUGAUGGAUUCAUCUUGAAUAUUUUGAUUAACAGUUAUUGUCUGAUGCAUCGUGCUGAUUGUGCAUUUUCGGUGUUACCCAUUUACUUGAAGACUGGCAUUCCCUUUAAUGCUGUCACCUUUACCACCCUAAUUAGGGGAAUCUUUGCUGAAAAUAAGGUCAAAGAUGCAGUUGAAUUGUUCAAAAAAUUGUCGAGAGAGAAGAUUUGUGAGCCCAAUGAAGUCAUGUAUGGAACCGUCAUGAAUGAGCUUAGCAAAAGGGGUCAUACUCAAAAAACUUUAAGUUUGCUCCGGUUAAUGGAGCAAGGAAACACUAAGCCCAACAUAAAUAACUACAACAUUGUUAUAGAUGCGCUUUGCAAAGAUAGAAACGCAGAUGCUGCCGUCACCCUUUUGAACGAGAUGAAGCAGAAAGGCAUUCCUCCUAACAUAGUCACAUAUAAUUCAUUAAUUGAUGGUUUGUGUAAGCUUGGUCAGUGGGAAAAGGUUACAACUUUGUUCUCUGAGAUGGUGAACGUUAAUAUUUAUCCAGAUGUGUGUACCUUCAACAUAGUGAUAGCUGGUCUAUGCAACGAAGGGAAAGUCGAAGAUGCCGAGGAAGUAAUGAAACACAUGGUCGGAAAAGGUGUAGAGCCUGAUAUUAUCACAUACAAUGCGAUAUUGGAUGGAUAUUGUUUGCAUGGUCAACUAGAUAGAGCGAGGAGAAAUUUUGAUCUCAUGAUAGAGAAGCACAUUGAGCCUAACAUUAUUAGCUAUAACAUACUAAUAAAUGGAUACUGUAAACAAAAGAAAUUGGGGGAGGCCAUGCAAUUGUUUCGUGAAAUUUCUCAAAAGGGAUCAAAGCCUGAUAUUAUUACCUACAAUACUCUCUUGCAAGGUCUGUUUGAAGUUGGAAGAAUUGGUGAUGCAAAAAAGUUCUUUGAUGAGAUGCUAUCGACGGGGCUGAUACCUGAUCUGUACAUUCAUUGCACUUUGCUCAAUGGUUAUUUUAAGUAUGGACUUGUUGAAGAAGCUAUGUCACUCUUUAAUAAGUUGGAAAGAAAGAGAGAAAUUCCUCAUAUUAAAUUUUACAAUUUUGUCAUUAAUGGAUUGUGCAAAAAUCGUAAACUCGACAAAGCUCAUGCUAUUUUUGAGAAGCUUUCUCUAAUUGGAUUGCUUCCGAAUGCAAGAACAUACAAUUCAAUGAUAAAUGGAUUUUGUCUAGAAGGGUUGAUAGAUGAAGCCAAUGAUAUGCUAAGAAAAAUGGAGGAGAGCGGUUAUUUGCCAGAUGACAUCACUUACAAUGUUAUUGUGCGAGGAUUUCUCAAGUGCAGAAAAAUUAGUGCAAUGGCAACAUUCAUGAAAGAAAUGGCUGGAAGGGGCUUCUCAUUUGAUGCAAAUACAACUGAGUUACUGGUAAAUGUUAUUAGGGAGAAUCCUUAUGUCCUUGAUAUGAUACCUGAGCUUCACUCGAUAAAUAAGAAGUGAAUACUUUAGAACAUUGCUUGAGCUUUCUAGAGACUAUAUGACAGGGAUGUGUCCGCUGGAGAUGUUGUCCGUGUUGUUGCAAGUGCGUGUCGGGGUAAGAUGAACCGUGAAAUGCUUAAAUACAAGGAUGUUACUAUAUAAUGAUGACAAGCAUGGAUCUUGAAAAUAAGUGGAUGAAGAAGAUGGAAGCCAGUUUCUUUUUACGUUUUAAAUGCCAAAUUACCCUGGGUCAUCCUGAAGGCUUACUCUUAUUAGGUUGUGUAAAAUAUUACAUUAAUAUCAGAGGUCCGAAAUGUAGUCUAAAUGUUGAAUCACAAAUCUUCUACACGGAAAUGCAAGCAAUAUAUAUAGGGUUCCA